ACAUUGUAACAUUGACACGUAGAAAGAGAAAGAGAUGUAGUGACGAGGAUUGAUUGUGAAGUAGAACAAAAAAACACGAUCUAGUCACUUACGGUAAUUAACUUUGAAGCCUGAAGACUGUCUAUCAAGAGAUAGUGAAGAACAAUGGAAGGAAGGAUCAAAUUAAACGGUUGUGGGUACGAUGUUACAACUUCAUCUCAACUCUGCAUUUCAAUCAUCAACUCCUAUUACCAACAGGUUCUUAGUUAUGGUAGAGAGAGAAGUGUGAUUAUGGAAGCAGUGGUUCAUGAUAAUUACUGUGUGUUAGCUAACACUUUAGCAGCUCAUUUUAUUAACUCUUCUGAUUCUUCAAGAGCUGCCUCUUUACUUCAUACUGCUAAGUCUCACCUUGAACAUGCAACCUUGUACGAGAAACUAGUUUUUGAUGUCAUCAGUUAUUUGAUGUCCGAAGAUAGAGAUGACGAUGUAGCUGUCGAGUUGCAUUCUAAGCUUCUAAAGGAGUUCCCAAGAGAUUUGGUUUCUCUAAAGAGAGCACAAAUCUUGUGUUUCAACAUGGGACGGCCCGAUCUUUCUUUAUCCCUUGUUAAUCAGGUUCUACCUCAAAAUGAAGGAGAAAAUUUCAUAUAUGGCAUGCUUGCUUUUCCUUUGUUGGAGCUUGGACAAAUGAAAGAAGCCGAGGAAGCUGCCAAAAGAGGAUUUGAAAUCAACAACCAAGAUGGCUGGUCACAGCAUGCUACAUGUCAUGUUCUUCAGUAUGAGUGCCGUUUUAGAGAAGCCGUUGAGUUCAUGGAAGAAUGUUCGCCGUCAUGGAACUCUUUUUUAUCGUUUAUGUUGACUCAUAAUUGGUGGCAUGUAGCACUUUGUUACUUAGAAGGGAAUGCUCCAAUGCAACGUGUGCUCGAGGUAUAUGACAAUUAUAUAUGGAAGGAGCUAGACAAAACCGAUGCUACGGUUGCUGAGGUAUACUUAAAUGCUGUGGCUCUGCUUCUGCGGUUGUGCGUGCGUGAUGAAUUGGAGUUUUUUGGUGAUCGGCUCAAGAUGCUAGCAGAUCGCCUUGCUGAUCAAGCAAACUGGUAUUUAGAGUGGCACCUUGAUAUAUUGACAGUGUGGGCUUUGGCAAAGACUGGACAAAUUUCUAAAGCAGAAGAACUUCUUAAAGGCUUAAAAGAAAGGAUUUCGAGGAUGACUAAAAAGAAACAACAAAUAAUGCAGAAAGGAAUGGUGCUUGCAGAAGCACUUUAUGCAUAUGGAAGAGGUAACAACAAACAUGGAGUGGAAUUACUUGGUCCAGAUUUUGAUGCCAAUGAUUACAAGAUAAUUGGAGCAUCUGAUGAACAAGUUGAUGUAUUCAAUGAAGUUUGGUACAUCAUGUUGUUGAACAAUGGCGACGCAAUAAAGGCAAUUGAAGUAAUUGAGAAGCAAAUCAAGAAGAGAGACGGCACUGCUUUCUUAUGGCGUUUGCUGGAGAGAGGAUACAAACUAGCAAAUAGACCAGAAGCUGCAAUUGCAAAUGAAAAAGCUAAGGUUUUCGAGAGUGCUUAUUUUAAUUAAGAGAAUAAUCACAAAAUCAAAUCAUAACUGGUUCAAUGCGAAAUGUGAAUGCAUAAGCUAUCAAUACCAAAGGGAGUACUCAGCAUGUUGCAAUAUAUUAUUAUGUAAUGAAUGUAACUCAUAGUAUGAAAAAUAAAUGCAACUCAAAGUCAUGACAAUGACAAUGAGGCCAUGCUUGUUGAGUAGUGGUUGGUUAGGAGGCGCCUACCACCCCUCCCUUUUUCAUGAAUAAAAAUUAUGCUUUCAUACAGUUGAACACUUUUAGAAUUUGUUUGUGUUUACAUACUGAUACUGUAGCAGAUUCUACUGUGGACGUUAGACAAGUAUUGAAAAAAUCACACUAAAGUUUGUUGAA